AGAAAGCACUCACCACUCUGCCAGCCCCGCUCCUAUACACCGCAGUCACUCCCUAGCCCCCCUUCUUAGCAUAUUUGAUCACUUUGAUUCUCAGUUCUUUUGCUUUUGCUUUUUUUUUUUUUUGGGUUUUUUUUUUUUUUUUUUUUUGGUGGGGGGGGGGUGAUUGUCCCUCCUGUGCCUCUUCUCGUCUUGCCUUUUUUUUUUUUUUUUUUUUUUUGCAUGAAGAACGAUGCAGUUUUCUAGGUUGUGAUCCGUCUUUUCCCUCCUCCUCUUCCUCCUCCUCCUUGCUCUCCUCUUUUAUCAUUAUCACUGGCUGGGCUCUAAGCUGGAGAGUUGACUCUUUCCCUUCACCUCCCCCUUCCCCCUCCCCCCCCCCCUCCCCUCCACCCCAUGUGUUGUGUGAACCAACUGCGCUAAGAGCCCCACUUGCAAAGAAGGAGACGCGGCACAAGGCAGCGAGCAGCGGCAGCGGCAGCAGCGGCAGCAGGAGGAGGAGAAGCGGCAGCAAAAUAAAGAAAAGAAAAGAAAAGAGAGAAAGAGAGAGCAGGAGAAAGAAGCAGCGGAAAGAAAGGGGCGGGGGGGGGGAAGCCAAGCUGAUCUCGGUUGAUGUUUCCACAACCUGGACUUCAAAAAACUACAGCGAAGCCCUCCGCUUUCUGCGCCCAGAAAAGUCUUUUCAGUUGUGCAAUUUUUUUUCCCCCCUUCGCAGCCUGUGUGUCAUCUGUAACCUUUUCUCCAUUCUUAUUUUGAUGGCUUUCCUGAAUGGCUAACUGUGAGCUUCCCUGGACCUGGCCCCCCGACACUCGCCUCUCCUCCUUCAACUCCUCUGCAGCAGAUCAGCUCUAAGAGAGGGAGAGAGGGAGAUCUUUGAAGAGAUUUUUUUUCCUCUCUCUCUCUCUCUCUCCCCUACCCCUACCACCCCCUUACUUUUCUGUCUUUACGCCAGACAAUCGACUCGCAAUCUGCCCCCCCCCAACACCCCUCGUUCUCCGCCUUCGCUGGCAUUUUUUUCUGUCCCCCCCAUCCCCCCUUUUCUCCUUUUUUUUAAGGGAAAAAAAAGAGAGAGAGAGAGAGAGAGAGAAACUGCUGCAAAGCUGAUCUGAAAACCAAGCAAACAAACUUUAAAAAUAAAGGGGGGACAGGCAGUUUGGAAACGGUGUCCAAUAGAUAUGGCAAUGGUAGUUGGUGCGUGGCGAGACCCCCAGGACGAUGUACCCGGAGCUCAGGGAACUCAGCCUGCUCAAGCCCCACCGGUGCAAGGACCACCCGCUGGGGCCCCUCACACACCACAAACCCCGGGACAAGGAGGGCCCCCCAGCACUCCAGCCCAGACCAACCAGCCAAGCCAGCAGAGCCAAGGAGGAGACAAGCAGCAGCAACAACAGCACAUUGAGUGUGUGGUUUGUGGGGACAAGUCUAGUGGCAAACAUUAUGGCCAAUUUACCUGCGAGGGUUGCAAGAGUUUCUUCAAGCGGAGUGUCAGGAGGAACCUGAGCUAUACUUGCCGUGCCAACAGGAACUGUCCCAUUGACCAGCACCACCGCAAUCAGUGUCAGUACUGCCGGCUCAAAAAAUGCCUCAAAGUUGGCAUGAGACGGGAAGUUUCUUCUUUAUUUACUGCAGCCGUCCAGAGGGGCAGAAUGCCACCCACACAGCCAACUCAUGGUCAGUUCGCCUUGACAAAUGGGGACCCUCUCAACUGCCAUUCCUACCUAUCCGGAUAUAUCUCCCUUCUCCUGCGAGCAGAACCUUACCCAACCUCCCGCUUUGGCAGUCAAUGCAUGCAACCCAACAACAUCAUGGGCAUCGAGAACAUUUGUGAACUGGCAGCCAGGAUGCUCUUCAGUGCGGUGGAGUGGGCCAGGAAUAUCCCCUUCUUCCCAGACCUCCAGAUCACAGACCAGGUGGCCCUCCUCAGGCUGACCUGGAGCGAGUUAUUUGUCCUCAAUGCCGCCCAGUGCUCCAUGCCCCUCCACGUAGCUCCUCUCCUGGCCGCUGCUGGCCUCCACGCUUCGCCGAUGUCUGCUGACCGAGUGGUCGCCUUUAUGGACCACAUACGAAUCUUCCAAGAGCAAGUAGAAAAACUGAAAGCAUUGCAUGUCGACUCUGCAGAAUAUAGCUGUUUAAAGGCCAUAGUCCUCUUCACCUCAGAUGCCUGUGGUCUCUCUGAUGUAGCCCAUGUUGAAAGUUUACAGGAGAAGUCACAGUGUGCUUUGGAAGAAUACGUUAGGAGCCAGUAUCCCAACCAACCAACGCGAUUCGGGAAGUUACUACUACGUCUUCCCUCCCUGCGCACUGUCUCAUCUUCUGUCAUAGAGCAAUUGUUUUUCGUCCGUUUGGUAGGUAAAACCCCAAUAGAAACCCUAAUCAGGGAUAUGUUACUGUCUGGCAGCAGUUUUAACUGGCCUUAUAUGUCCAUUCAAUAAAAUAUUGGAGAAAAAAAUUAAAAUAUAUAUAUAUUGAGAAGGGAGAUGAAAGAGAGGGAAAGGAAAGCAAAUGACAUUUGGGUUCUGGUGGUUGCUUAUAUUUCCUUCUGCUAAGGAUGUUACAAGUUUGCUAAAAGAAGACAGGGGAAAAAUAAUGGACUGUGAAUUUAAAAAAAAAAAAGACUCUCAAAUGAACUUUUACAGAAUGCAUUAAAAACUCCCGUGUCAUUAAGAGAAAAAAACUUGCUACUUGUCAUUUCUUUUGUUUAAAAAAUAAAGGGGAAAGAAAAGUAAAAG